AUGAGCGUCAUGAACACUGACCUCCGCUCUCAGGAGGACCAUCUCAGACUCCUCCUCGACCAGCGCGCCGCCCGUGCUGAUCUACAUGGCCGCUUCCCCUCUAUCUCUGAAAUGUCCGAUUCUCCCUCUGUCUAUAGCCAUCCCCGUUUCUCUCCUCGUCCUCCAGACAGGAGUCAGCUCGACCCCAACUCACCCUCUUUCCAUGUAACUGUAUCUUCACACCAUGCCGUUCCACCUUCCGAGCCUCGUUCUCCAAUAUCCUCACUAUCCGACCGCGAGCGUCUCAACUUUCCCAAUGCUAGCAGCCUAGAUCUUGACGACGACCCACGCUCCUCUUAUGAUUCAACAAAGUUUCCUUCGGAAGACGAAGAGCCCUCUCCGGAAGAAGACGAGGAAGACAUGCCCAGACUCAGUGUGUAUGGCCCAAAGAUGAGGGUUCACUCACGCGCCCCUUGGGAGUUGGGCGAGGAUGAGAUAGAAGAACAGGAUGAAGUUCCCUUACAUCCCAAGCCUCCCAAACCCGAUUCUGGCCGAAGAGGUUGGGGUUUGACUAAGGGUGCCAAUGAAAAAAGACCAAGCAUAGAUUCCAACCGCUCUCAGGCAAGGGGCAAGCAGUCCUUCGAGACCGUCUCUUCGUUCACGUCUAACGGGGGAGCACUCCUUGCUCUCGCGCAAGCAUCGAUGUCUUCCACUUCCCUUGCUUUGGCUCCGUCACCCCAGUCUACGCUACGCGACAAGUUAUCUCUUCCCCGCUUGCGUCCUCGAACUCCGUCCAAUUCCCAUCCCCCAAGUGUGGCAUCCUCGGAUGCCAAUGAUCAUCGUCAGCCAUUCUCUACGCACUCAGGAAACACUUCUCCCAUGUCGCGCUAUAUGCACACUGCGUCACCAACAGGAAUGUCUCCCGUUGAACAUAAUUUUUCCGGACCUUCUGGACGAGCACCUCAUGUCGUGCAGUAUCAAGAGUACACCCAUCCAUAUGCCAACCCGGAUCUCGUGCACCGUAUGGAAGAUAAUUCUCAACGGGCGUCACCUCGUCAACGAACCACGUCGGCCACGGUUAGUCGGAGCGAUUCGAAUGCGACUGUGACAGAUACUGCCACUACGAGCAGCAUGUUCCAGUCAGGCUCGUUCUCCACCGCCUCUCUCACGCCCGUAACGUCCGCCUCCUCUGUGAACCAGAGCGUAGGUGAGGCGUCUCCGCCAACGCGAGGUACAGUGAUGGGCAAGGGAAUAUCGGCGCCUGUCGCAGUUGGUAAACUCCCUCUGCAGUCUCUGCCGCUGGGCGUCUUGGGGUCUCAGGAAGGUGGUGUCAAGCCGUCAAUUAGAAACAGGGACACUAGAAUUCUUUCCGGGGUGACGGGGAAUGGAUUCCUGGGAUGGAGCGAGAGUUCGGUGGCUUCGUCAAUCAAGCUGAUAACUCUGGAGGAAGCCCAGGCACAGGCCAGGGAGCGCUCGAGGAGUGCUACCGCAAAUCCAGCUAUAUCGAGUCCGUCCAGUGUUGGACCGGUGAAGUCGCAGGUCCAAGGAGGUGAAUGGGACCAGCAUAGCCUGAGUAGCCGCACGAGGACAAGGACGACGAGCGCAGGAAGUUCGAAGGCGAAGAACCCUACCGCUGAUUUCAAUCAGCGUGCCCCACCUCUCCCAACGGAUUCUCCGUACCAGGCACAGCUCUCAGGUGGUGGGGUGCCUCCACGGACGAUCGCGCGAAAACGCAGUGGAUUCAUGAGACUGUUCAAUGCCAACCGUGAGCGGCCAUCGCAGCACUCACCCCCUCCGCCGGUUCCUUCCUUGUCCACGGACACAUUGGCCUACCCUACCCCUGUGCCUCAGUCCCCGGUUCCCCGGAAGAGUACAACCCAUAGAGUUCCCGUCCCGUCCCUCUCGCCGUCACUCCUAGGCGAGGCGUCUGCGGAUGGCGGUGAGACCGUUUCCUUCGAAACACGUUCGGAACCAGGUAGCAGGGAGAACGGUGCGCAACGAGAGCGGCAGCUGAGCGCAAGACGUAAAGCGCGAGAUCUUUCCAUUGUCACUUCGCCAGCAUUGCCUUCUGCAAGCGCUAAGCCUGCCUUCAAUCCCAUGUCCGUAGCGAGCGACAAAUUGCUGGUAGUAGGACAUCUCCCGACGAGCGCUGCCCAGCCGUCGUCCCUGCUCAGCCCGUCAGCGGUACCCAGCAGUGCACCUCCAGGCGCGACAGACUUUGUGGCGCUGAGUCUGAGGCCGGUGUCGACGCUCUUCAGCAACAGUUUUGCGGACCAGCUCAUCAGCCCUGGCAAUUCGUCAUGUACUCGGCCAUCCUUGGACCUCGAUCUUGGCACGCCUACCACAGCUACGACUGUCAUUUCACCGUUGAGCUCUGACUUUCCGUCAAAGGUCUAUCCACGGGCGGCAGACGAUAAGACUUUGCCGGUUGCCAUUUCCUCGGACGAUCAGUCUUCCGUCAUCCAAGCUCUGCAGGAGCAGGUCAUGACGGCGCGGAGUGCGUGGCAGCGCCAGAUUUGGGAGCUUGAGGGCCAGGUGCACGAUCUCAAGGCUGAAGUCGAUGAGAUGCGUUCCCAUGAGAGCGAGAGCCGGUAUUGCUCGGCAUGUGGAAGGGGUGGCACUGGACGUUCCGCUGCAGAAGACAGUGGAUAUGUUGAAGAUUUGAAGAAGGCCGGCGUUAAAGUCGGAGUGGUCAACAGACCACGAGCUCGUACGGGCGUGGGGUCACGCUUUGGAAGUGCGACUUAA